AUUCUCGUGUAAUUUUAAUGGGGGAUCGGGAUUGACUCGGUUGGUGAAAGCAUAAUUCUGGGCCAAUAUACAUUAUGGAACAGCCUCCCAGCAGAAGUGGUAACGGCUAAUACUGUGAGAGAUAGACAUUAGAUUUAGGUGUAAAAAUAAAUGUGUUGCUGGAGACGUGUGAUAGUAGGAGCGCCUGGCUGGCCGUGAUGAUGGCGGGUACCCGUGUUAUUUCUGCGGUCUCCCUCGGCGCGGUUUUGGCUGCCCUGGGAAGCUUCCUGUGUGCCCGUUGGUUCUAUACCUUUAACCCCUGUCGGACGUUCAUGGCUACUCAUCAGACGGCCCUGACCUCUCCGUACCCCGGAUCCCAAGUGAAACGUUGGCCUGUUCCUCCUGAGAAGGUCAGCUGGUCCGUGGAGUGGCCGGAGUAUCAGCCUGCCGAGUACACGGCGCCCUCUGUGCUGGCGCAGCCCCCCUGGGCAGACCCUCCGCUGAGCGACGGCUCGUUCAGCCCGCAGUAUAACGCUCUCGAUGGGAAGGUGCAGAGAGCGAGUUUUGAAGGAACGUAUUCUGUAGAGAGUCGGACCCCGCGGAACCCCAUAGGGCGGACAGGGGUUAUAGGAAGAGGCCUGCUGGGCAGAUGGGGGCCGAACCACGCCGCUGACCCCAUUAUAACGAGGUGGAAACGUGACGCUGCUGGUCAGAAAGUGACGGAUCCGGCCUCUGGGAGACCCGUCCUCCAGUUUGUAGCCAUACAGAGAAAGGACUGUGGGCUGUGGGCCAUCCCAGGGGGCAUGGUGGACCCCGGCGAGCUGGUGACGGCGACGCUGCGCAGGGAAUUCUGUGAAGAGGCUCUGAACUCGCUGGAGAACGAGGGGCAGGAAAAGGAGACCGAAGUCAAAAUCCAGAGCCUCUUCUCUCAGGAGCACUUGCCGGUGUACAAAGGAUACGUGGAUGACCCCCGGAACACCGAUAAUUCCUGGAUGGAGACGCAAGCCGUUAAUUAUCACGAUGACACCGGUCGUUUACUGGACCGGCUGCCCCUGCAGGCGGGUGACGAUGCCGGCAAGGUGCGGUGGGUCGAUAUUAACGGAAACUGCAGCUUGUACGCCAACCACGCCAGCUUCAUCAAGAUCGUGGCAGAGAAACGGGGCGCGCACUGGUAGAGCCGGAGGACGUUGCCGCCAUCGCGCCAGCCAAUCGCUCGUCAGAUCAGCGCCAUCGCACACGGUUCCUUCUUUAUACUAACUUAUUGGGAUCGGGGGGCGAGGCGCGGCAGCCGUGGCCCCGCUCUUGGGAGGGUUAUUGGCAGGGGGAUCCCUCGUUUCCUGGCUGUAUUUGGCAGAAUUGGAGGAGAUGCAAUUUUCCAACCUUUGGAACGCGACGCGUAAUAAAAAGAAUUGUGAAAUGUU